UUCGGAAAACUUUCACUCUCUCGAAUUAUCUAUCCCUCUGUCUUGUCUUCCUUCAGUCUUUUCCCCUUUAAGUUUUCGAUCUGACAUUAAAUCCGAACACCAAUUCUUCUUCCCCAUAAUCUAGGGUUCCUGAUUCCGCUCUCCACGUUGACGUAUAUCUGAGUGUGGUCUGAUUUGGCGGUUCAGCCUUUGCGUGAGUUCUAUCGAUUGCUUGCGGUGUAGAUCAUGACGAUUCCAGAUUCUCAUCACUUCAUGUUGGAGAAUGGAUCGAUAGAAUUGCCAUGCAAGCCGGAGGAGGAAAGGAGGAUUGUGCAGGAACUCAGUGCCAAGGCCGAUUCAAAUUUGCGGGAGGGGAAUCUGUACUACCCCAUCUCGAGUCGCUGUGUUAUGUGGGGUUGUGCGGAUGGCCCAAACUAUACUGCAAGGUGGUUCAGAGCCUGGCAGAGGUACACUGGGCAAGCAGAAGGUUUAUAUCCCUUUGAAGCCAAUCCUUUUGAAUCUCAAUCUGUAACAUCGUCAAAUACAGUAGAAGAUAGGCCUAGGCCCGGAGUGAUUGACAAUACUGACAUUAUUGUAAGUGGGGGGGAUGAUAAAGAUGAUGACCCUCAGCUUCUCAGAACUUUGGAUGAAGGACGUGAUUACGUUUUAGUGCAACAAGAAGUUUGGGAGAAGUUAAGAGAAUGGUAUAAAGGAGGCCCGGCGUUGCCACGGAAGAUGAUUUCUGUUGGGGCCCAGCAGAAGCAAUUUGUCGUGGAGGUGUUCCCCCUUUCUCUCAGACUAAUUGAUUCUAGAGACCAGAGUGAAGUUCCUAUAAGGCUAAGUAAAAAGGCUUCUUUAAAUGACCUAUAUGGCAAAGUAUGCCAACUCAAAGGUUUGGACCCUCAAAAGGCACGAAUCUGGGAUUUUUUCAAUAAGCAGAAGCAAACUAUAUUACUUUCUUCAAGCAAAACCCUCGAGGAGUCUAAUUUGCAGAUGGAUCAAGAUAUUCUUCUUGAGGUGCCAACUGAUGGUCUUGGCAUGGAUUCAACUGGGAAUGGCUUAGCAUUGGUUCCAGUGGAACCUUCAAGGUCAAUCUUUUCAAUUGCUGGCGGUCCAACUAUGUCUAAUGGAAAUUCAACUGGUUAUAACCCCAUUUACCAGCGAAGUACAUCCACCUCUACAAGUGGAGAUAUGGAAGAUGCAUAUGAUGGUUUGAAGCCUCUGAAAAGAGAAGAUAGGGGUGGCUUAGCAGGAUUGCAGAAUUUGGGGAAUACUUGCUUUAUGAACAGUUCACUUCAGUGUUUAGUUCAUACGCCACCCCUUGCUGAUUACUUCCUGCAAGAUUAUAGUGAUGAAAUCAAUAGACAGAACCCCCUGGGAAUGAAUGGAGAGCUUGCCCUCUCAUUUGGUGAUUUGUUGAGGAAACUCUGGUCACCUGGUCGAGCUCCAGUUGCCCCUCGUGCAUUUAAGGGGAAACUUGCACGUUUCGCUCCACAGUUUAGUGGCUAUAAUCAGCAUGAUUCACAGGAGCUGCUUGCCUUUCUGCUUGAUGGGCUGCAUGAAGAUUUAAAUCGUGUUAAGCAGAAACCAUAUUUUGAAAUUAAGGAUUCUGGUGGUCGGCCCGAUGAGGAUGUUGCGGAUGAGUUGUGGAGGUAUCACAAGGCGAGGAAUGAUUCUGUAAUUGUGGAUAUCUGUCAGGGCCAAUACAAAUCGACGCUGGUUUGCCCUGUUUGUGACAAGAUUUCAAUAACAUUUGACCCCUUCAUGUAUCUCUCGCUACCUCUUCCUUCAACAGCAACUAGGUCAAUGACUGUAACAGUGUUUUAUGGUGAUGGAAGUGGCCUGCCUAUGCCCUUCACAGUUACUGUUCUGAAGCAAGGAUGCUGUAAAGAUCUUAACAAGGCUUUGGGUGUUGCAUGCUGCUUACGUAAUGAUGAAUACUUGCUCCUUGCUGAGGUUUAUGAACAUCGGAUAUAUCGUUACCUGGAAAAUCCAUCAGAAUCUUUGGCUACAAUUAAGGAUGAUGAACAUAUUGUUGCUUACAGGCUCCCCAGAAGGGAGGUGGAGUUAACAAAACUAGAGAUAUGCCAUCGGUAUCAGGAUAUUGAGAGGAAGCUCUUCCUAACGCCUUUAGUUACUAUCUUGGAGGACCCACUUUCUGGGAUGGGGAUAGAUCUUGCUGUUAAGAGGAUCCUCUCUCCUUUAAGAAGAAAAUCAUUUUUUACAUCUACAACGGGCCACUGUAGUGGAGAAAAUGGCUCUGCUUUUAAUGCAUUGGAUGAGCAGAUGGAGAGUUCUGGCUCCCAGUUGGGACCUGUGAUCCAAUCAACAGAAGAAAUGGAUGCAGAAGGAAUGUCUAGCAAAGAGUUGUCAUUCCGGCUUUGCAUAACUGAUGAGAAGGGUCAUAGCUGCAGGCCAAUAUUGAAGGAUUCAUCUGUUAAACCUGCUCGUAAGGUAAAAGUCAUGCUGGACUGGACUGAUAAAGAGCAUGAGCUCUAUGAUUCCAGCUAUUUAAAGGAUCUUCCCGAGGUUCACAAGUCUGGAAUUCUUGCAAAGAAGACUAAGCAAGAGGCUAUCUCUCUAUUUUCGUGUCUGGAUGCAUUUCUGAAAGAGGAGCCCUUAGGCCCUGAUGAUAUGUGGUAUUGUCCGCAAUGCAAGGAACAUAGACAAGCGAGUAAAAAGUUGGAUUUGUGGAGGUUGCCUGAUAUUCUCGUCUUUCACUUGAAGCGGUUCUCAUAUAGCAGAUGGCUGAAAAACAAACUCGAUACAUUUGUAAAUUUUCCUAUUCAUAAUCUCGAUCUGAGCAAGUAUGUGAAGAGCAAGGAUGCAUCUGAAGGGUCGCAUACUUACGAAUUGUAUGCCAUAAGCAACCACUAUGGAGGUCUUGGUGGAGGGCACUAUUCUGCAUAUUGCAAGUUAACCGAUGGCAAUUGGUACCAUUUUGACGACGCACACGUGUCUCCGGUGAAUGAAUCUGAAAUCAAGACAUCUGCUGCAUAUGUGCUGUUCUACCAACGAGUUAACAGCCAUCAGUGAAGUGGGCAAACCAUCAGUUGACGAUAGGGUUCGUUUUGAUCGUUUUAUAUGGCUAAUGACGGUGUGGCUUGGGCUUUUUUGCACCCAUGCUGCCAAGCUUAAUGGAGAUUAGAUAUGAUGGUGGCAAAGAAGCCAUAAUGUUAGAAAGGAUAUAAUUUUGGUAUUGCCGAUUGAAAACGGCCCUAUUAUUUGAUUGCUGUAACUUUUUUAUGCGGAGGGUUCUAUACAGCAAUGAGGUAACUUUAAUCACACAGAAUGGAGCAAAAUGAUUUUGACGGUGUAAUGAUAAUUAUAUUUUUUAAGUAUUUUUUUAACAUUA